GGGAGGGAGAGAGAGAGGGAGAGAGAGGGAGAGAGAGAGAGAUUUGUUAUUUAAUGACAUGAUUCUAGCUGUGGGAAGUACCGCUCCAGUUGUUUUGAACAGAAACUCAGCCAAUAAGCUGCUGUACUUCUCUGCUUGACACGAGGACUUUAGUAGCUGCCUGGAAAUACACGCGCCCGUCAAGGCUACGCUGGACUUAGAGCUGGAAGCCAAAGAAGGUUGUAGGUCGACAAGUGGAGGUGCCCAGGUUGCAACAGAUUCUUAUUCUUCGACAUCGACGCUCCAUCGGGACAAAGAGGAGCAGCGGAGGCUCCUGGCGGACACUCACUCCACCACCAUGGAGCUGCGCUGUCGUCUGGAGCACAACCAGAAGGACUGGUUGAAGGAGAAAGCUGAGCUACUGGAGAGGUUUGACGUGGAAAGAAGGGAAUGGGAGAGCCAACUAAAAGAUAUGCAGAGGAAAAUAGAAGAGUUGUACUGUGAGGUGAGGGCCAAGCGACAGGGGACUGGAUUGGCUGGUGGCCGGCGGGGCGAAGGAGAAGAGCAUCACCUCAGUGUAUGUUCCCUCAGCACUGGUUCCAGCGUGCUGAGUGACAUUUCACAGCCACUCUGCAGCUGCAGUCAAUCACAGCCUUUACCCGGCUAUGGCCGCUGCAACAUUAUCAACGGCGGGCGGGGUGAGAUUCAUUCCACCACCAGUCUCUGUGAACUGAGUGCAGGUGAUCCAUUUGCACGGAAUGAUCCAGGUCCACUUCCUGAAUCGAGAUCUCAAGACUCAGUACUUCAUAGAAAAGAAGCUGUGGACACUUCCGAGCUUGAAGCUGUUGUCAUUAAAGCGUUGGGAUGCGGAACGGCACCGGAAAACGUCUCCAACGGGAAUGAAAAAAAUGUUCAUCAUAACCUUCAAGAAAGUCCUGUAUCGGCAGAGAUGUCUUAUGCCAGCGAGAAGAAAAAAAGCACCACUGCUCUCAAUGCCGCUCUGAAGGAGAUUGCACGUGUCAGUGAAGAGCUCUGUAGCUACCAGGAUGAGAUCAAAAAGAAGAGCGUGGAUAAAAAAAAUCAUCCAGAUUUGCUGUUCCUCUCGGAAGAGAAGAACAUUCCCUUGGGCAUGGAUAACACAGAGCUGAACUCAAAUCAGGUACCAUGUGACCUCAGCCAAAUCUACAACCAACUGAAGGAAUUGGAGAGGGAAAACUGGAUCACCUUGUCACCAGAUUACACCUGGCGGGCCAAAAAGGGGUCACGCAAUUCCUGGGAAAAGAAUUCCACCGACAGCUGCAGAGAUGUACAGACAAGCCUGGGAGCACUCUUUGAUAUGGAUACAGCCGCCCCUCCUGUCCCUCCCCGCAGCUUCUCUCGGAAUCUGAGCUCUUCCUCCCAGCCGGACACAGAACUCCACAUCCCUGAAUCGCCCGUGACAACAAUGACAAAGUGCCACAGCCCAUGUGCAAUCGUAGACAAAAAGUGCAGCAGCCCUUCCAUUGUUCGGAAGUUUGAGGCGAUGCUCCAAGAAAACGAAGGAAAGGUUUUCAUCGAUGGUGUGGUAGCAUCAUGCUUCACUCCUGCAAAUUCCAACUGUAACAUCGGCUGCUGCCACAACCGCUGGUCUUGCGACGCGAGCAAGUGUACUAGCAGUAAGCUGUCCACGUGCGGGGCGGUCCAGAAAAGCUUAUCUGAAGCCAACAUAUUGACUUCAACAAAAGACUGCUCGUAUUAUAACCCCGGUGUCGGCAAUGUACACAACCGUCAGCUGCAAAUUCCUCCAAUUGUGAAAGAAUUACCCGUCGAUCUGCUGUUGUCCUCGCUGGAAAUGGCCAACCCCAAACUACAAGCUUCCAGGAGAAACAUCACACUGGAACAAAAAACCGCAGAAUUCAACAGGACUUUGUUUCAGGCGGAAAUGGGCCGUGGGGUAGAGGACCGAGACGGUGUUACAGAAGCUGACAGACAUUCUAUGGGUUGCCAACCAGAUUCUGUGACCAACGAGGUUUUAUUUCCCAGGUAUCUCCCUGAUGAAAUCACUGGUGUCCUGGAUGUCAAUACUGAAGUCGAAUUAUGCAUUUCCACCCCAGAUCAAAUCAGAUGUAGCCCGGAUGUUCAAGAGAUCGGAGAAAAGAACGAUAUCACAACUGUGAUAACAACCGCACCUGAAAAAUCAAAUCUGGCAAUCAGGGAGGCAAACACAAUAACCACUCAUGGUCCUGCACACCUUUCUGAGGUAAAGAAAAAGGUUCCAACAACAAGUAGUCCUUCCAGGAAAACACAACACAAAGCAGCCACAGACAUUCCUCUUUCUGAGCCUGUGUUGUCUACAAAUAUCCAUUCUGGUCAGAAUGUGGAGGACAUCAUCUCCAGGAAGGACUAUUCCUCAGGAUCAAAGCCUCACUCUGCUGGGAUUGAAAGCUCACUCCAACAGUAUUCUUCGCAGAGCAAAGAAAGACUGACAGUACAGUCAAAACCCGAAUCUGUGCCUCCAGAUGGAUGCAAAAUCGGACCUCGAAUAUUGAGCGAUCACCCCUGGAAGCCCCUUACCCUUGCUGCGUAUCCGCGCCCUGAGGGUUCGCGGUCUAACUAUGGCGCGGUUGAAAGAAUUCUCAAACACUAUGAGAGUGCAUCUCGGGCUCAACAGCAUCCGAGCCAACAGGAUGAGACACCUUCAAGUACCGUCGGGUUGAACAUGAACCCGUCUCUGAGACAGUCGUCACUCACGAAGUCAAUCACCGCUCACAACAGUCAUAGUACCGGCGGAGUGGUGCAGAUACAGCUUGCAGUCCAGGGCCAAGAAGACUACAGAUGGAAAACAUGACUUCAUGACAAAGAAGAGACUUCCAUCUCCUCCAACCAGACUGCUUUAACAAAGCCUGCACGUCCAGCCAAUCGACGCCUGCCGUCCCGAUGGGCCAACCUGUCCCCAACUUCCUCCAUCUUUACGUUGCCCUGCAUCACCCCUGUUGUACCUCCACACGUCCCCAUUCAGAAACUCACUCCGUCCUUCUCUUACUCACAUGCCUUUCACACGGAGACCGUGAUUACCUGAUCUCCGUGAGUGCUUCCAUGAUGUACCCACUUUUAUCUUCACCACUGUUGUACAUAGUAAGCCAGAUCUCCUCUUUCACACACUUUGAAGUGCUUUAGUUGUGAAUUUUUUCCAACUCUCCUUCAGAAUGUAUUUGGCAUUCACUGGAGCCAAGCUGACUAAUUAAAAAAAAGGUUCCAAAACAACUUCAGUUGUGCAACGACGUGCUCACACCGACCCGCCAAGCAUUGCUCAUGCUUCAAAGGGCGGUGAAAAACAUGAGACUUCCUACACUCAGGUCGGUGCUCUAGCCUUGACUACAGAAGCCUUGCAGAUCUACUAACAAUUCUUCACCAUGUACCUCCUUCCGACAUACUGUAUUAGCACCUGAAGGUGAUUCAAGUUCAUUAUCAAUAGACACUGUAUGGUUUGUACCACCAGUGGCAGUUCUAGCUUUAGUAGUCCUGAAGACCAUCAUUCCCCACGACCACAGACCUGCGAUUGGUCAGCUUUUUGGAGCAAAUUGAGCAGCGUACAAUAAAAAUGCUGCAAAAUAUUUCUUCCAGCUCGAACAACAAUCUGGAUGUUGCCUUUUUUCCACUUCUAAUUUCACAGGAAGCUAAAUAGCUAGUCAACAACGUGAUUACUGAAGCUCAGGAAAACAAUGUCCCAAGAAUUGCAAGCCACGCGCUCCGUCCCCGCCUAUAGUCAGCGCAGCCACAUGGUUGCCCACACAACACACGAGGGCGCUAAUUCCCCACAUAGAUAUAUUCCACCACGGAUAAAACGCUAAAACCCGUAAUUAUGAUUUUUAGGCUGCCCUUCCAUCAUUGCGCCCAAACAUAAUGAAUAUGCCGGAACACUGCCUCCAGGAUUUUUACGAUUUCAUGUAUCUUUUAAUCCCACUCAUUCUUGCAGCGCCCCAUAGAGAAUGCCGCCUUAGGCGGUCGCCCAUGUGGCCCAGAUCUAAAACCGCCACUAGUUUAGCAUCAUGUUCUAGAUUUCAACAUAUCUUUAAUAUUACAUUGUGAGGUUUCUGCCAGGAAUAGAACUGAAUAUAUUUUACUGUACCUUCGCUGUGACGUUUUCAUUUCAAUACAUCAGUGACUUCUUCAUCUUCGAUCUUUGGUAAUCACAGAUUAAAAAUAUGAGUUGUCUUUUCUAACUUUGUACAAAAGGCUGGUUGUGUUUUGUGCAUUUCUUGACUUUAGUUUGAAAAGUAUUAUUUAUAAUGACAUCUCAGUCUUUCUGUGUUGAAUGUUUCUUUCAUGGAGCAUCGGUCACACAUUAGGACGUACUGUAUCUCAGCUGAACAGGACGGCUUAUUGGGUCAGAAUAUUUAGCCAUUUAAUCAUAAAAAGUGAUGCUUUUGCUGUUCAUUUUGUGUAAUAAACAUGGACUAAG